AUGCACUGCAUUCCGGAGCUGCAAAAGAUCAUCGCGAGCGUCGAUGUGAACUGCUACACUCCACAAUUCCAGAAUGAAGCAGCGGGCGAUGACAAAAUCACGGCAGACCUUCUCAAAAGCUGCCACGAUAAUGUUAUCUCCCUCAUAAUGGUCAGAUUCUCAGAAUACCUCAGAAGCGGAAGAGUCCCAAAACAAUGGAAAACGUCUAACACCACCCUGAUCUUCAAAAAAGGAGACAGGGAAAAUUUGGAGAACUACAGGCCGAUCUGCCUCCUCCCCGUCCUAUUCUCUAAAUGUGUGCUCAAUAGGAUUCGGAGAACACUAGAAGAAGCCCAACCAGUCGAGCAAGCUGGAUUUCGUCGCUCCUUCUCUACGAUCGACCACAUCCACUCGACCACUCGAGGUUGGUCGCGAGUACCAGAUCCCACUCACACUUGUCUUCAUGGACUUCCACAAGGCAUUCGACAGUGUUGAGCCAGGAGCUAUCUGGGAAAGUCUCCGAAGGCAAGGGAUAGAUUCGGCCUACAUCAACCUACUCAAAGAGUGCUAUACCAACUGCAGCACAACAUUCACACCCUUCCACCGACUUGUGACGGUCCCAAUCACGAGAGGAGUGCGGCAAGGCGAUCCUAUCUCGCCAAACUUGUUCUCGGCCUGCCUAGAACUAGUCUUCAGCCAAAUGUCCUGGAACCAUCUGAAAGGACACGACGAGGACCACGCGACAAACCCUGGAAUCAGAAUCAACGGCAGAAAUCUAACCCGUUUAAGAUUUGCAGAUGAUAUUGUCCUAGCGGCAAAUCAUCCAAAUACUGUCAGCGAGAUGAUCCAGGAACUAGUGGAAAGGUGUGCAAAAAUAGGUCUCCAAAUCAAUACUAACAAAACCAAAGUGUUGCGAAACACAUUUGCCACCGACCAUCCGGUCUGCAUCAAAAGUCGCGCAACCACCACCACCGCCAUCGAGGAUGUCAACGAAUACAUCUACUUUGGUAGACUACUCAACACACGGAACGAAUUGGAGCCGGAGCUCCAUAGAAGACGACGAGCAGCGUGGGCGGCAUUCAACGGAAUCAAGAACACCACGGAUGCCCUCACCUGCCCCAAAAUCCGUGCCAGACUCUUCGACUCGAUCGUCCUCCCGGCGCUCGCUUACGGCUCAGAAACCUGGACCUUUACGAAGGCAUUGGCCGAAAGAGUGCGAGUAACCCACGCGUCAUUGGAAAGGAGACUCGUCGGACUGUCGCUCUCCCAGCAAAGAGAGAGAAAUCUCCAUUGAGAAGACAUCCGACGACUACCCGGCGUCCGCGACCCUCUACUCCACAUCAAAAAGAGGAAGUUAGGCUGGGCCGGACACGUGGCACGAAGGACGGACAACCGGUGGACCACUCUGACGCAAGAAUGGAUCCCAAGAGACACGAAGCGACCGGUCGGCAGACCGCCGAUGAGAUGGAUCGACGCCCUCAACAAAGAAGUCACCAUCCGACAAGGAAGCCGAGUGGUACCAUGGAGCACCAUUGCCAAAGAUCGGAAGGCGUGGUGUGCUGUGAUCCGCGUCCACACAACAUGA